GUUCACGAAUCACAUUAAUCGAACCCACUGAAGAACCACCAAUCAGAGACGCAUGUUUCUUAUCAAAUUUGAUUUUUGAAAAAAUUUAAAAUUUUGCAAAUUGAAAUUUUAUUGCAAAAGUACUAAAAUUGUACGAAUUCAAUUUUCGAUUACAACUUUCCAAUGAAAAUGGCAAAAUAAAUCGGGACAGUGGAACUUGUCCUACAGAUUUUUGGUCCUAUAGAAAAUUUAUGACUUCAUGUUGCCAAAAUUCAUGGAAUUCGAAAACUGAAAAAAAUGAAUUUAAAUCUCAGAGUGCCAAGUUGCAUUAAUACGACGUUAUAUGCAUCUAAUAGAUAGGUAUCAUUAAUCAAUUUGAAAGUUGCUUCAUUAUCCAUAACGUUUAUUCGAAUUCGAAGAAUUCACUCAACAUCUAACAAGACGUGUUUCAAUUAAUAAACGAAAAACUACCUCGUCAAGAUUCCACCAGUUGGCAAUAUCUCCAGCUUUACAUUUUUGCUAAUGAUUACGGAGUUAUUAUAAUGGAUGAUAAUAAAAAAGAAACUACGACUAGCAAACGCCCCUUGGAUAGCGAUAGCGAAUCCAGUUCAUCAUCGUCUGAUUCAGAUCAUCGAAGUAAAAAAUCAAAAUUAGAUUAUGUAGUAAGCACUAUUGUAGCACACUGUGUAAAUAAGAGGCUCGACAAAAACCCGUUAACUCCGGUUAUUGGCGAUGCUGUUGCGAAGAUACCAGACCAACAGGCGUUGGCUAGGCAAGUCACUAAUUCUGUCGAAAGGGCGGUCGACAAUCAAUUAAUAUUACGAACGUUGGAAGAAACCAUUCGAAACGAGGUUCGCGCUGCUACAGAACCUAUGAAAAUUACUCUGGCUGCAAUAAGUACGGGUUUACAAGACGUGCACGACCAAGUAAAAUUAAUUAGGAUAGGCACCCGGCGCCUGAAAGAAAACUGGCAAAAUAUAGUAACCAAAUCAAAUUCAGUGCUAGCUGCUUUGAAUCAGACCAACACCGAAAUGCAACAAAUACGAGAGCGAAUUGAGGCGACCAGGUGUCGCUGCAGACGCAGAGUUUCCUCAUCAAGUUCCUCCAGUAAUAAUGCCAAUGAAGGAAGGCCAGUUGGUAAUGGCGCAUAAAGUAAUGAAUAUUUUGUUUAUUUUCGGUUAACCACCGAUCCAUUGGAAACACACAUGACACAUACAGGAAAUUUCAUCAUUUAUAAUUUUGAAUAGAAACGAAUCUCUGAAAAUGAAAAAAAAAAUGAUAUUUUAUUUUAGGUUCAUAAAUUUUAAAUAAUAGGUAUAUUAUAACUUUAUAACGAUAUUAUUAUCAUUAAACGAAUUAGACUUGAAAAUAAUGAAUAACGAAUAACAAGAAAAACGUUAAGCAAAACGAAAACGUUAUUUUUAAUAACCAAAAAAAUCAUAUCGUAACAAAAACUCAAUUUUUCCAAAAACCAAAAUGAAAACGAAAAAAUUUUGUUUUCACAACGAACUCGCAUACUUUAGCAUUUUAAAAAAAAUUACUUACUAUAUUAAAAUAAUUGUUGAUGGGGGUAUAAGUUAACUCAAUUCCUAUGUUGAAUCUCAUGUUUAUUACUCGGAAUCUAAUUGCAUUCUCGCCAAAUGUUAUCCCGAACAGCACAUUUCUCCACCCUAUUGGGUUCAGGUUCAAAUAAUUUAUCAUUACACAGAGACUAAAACGUCUAAAACACGACAUCGUUUUUUACCACAAAAUUAUGUAUAUAGGUAUGAUAAUGAGUAACAUGUAGGUACCUACAUGUUUUAUGGAUAAGGUUUCAAGUUCAGUGACUGAAAUCACUUUUCUGAGAAAAUAUUGUUCAAUGGUUUUGUGGUGGUUUUAUUUUAUCAUGAAAUUUAAUUUGAUUUAUUUUUGGAUAAGUUGACUUCGUGUUUUGAACAUUUUUUUGUCACAAAUAUUUUCCAUUAAUUAUGCCAAACCAAAACAUUGAAAGAUAUUAUGUACUCCUAAAAUUGAGGAAAUAUUUUUGGAAUGCAGUGGUGCGUCAAAUUAUAAAUAAAUAAAAUUAAUAUUUUUAAUCAGAAUGUUCAAUAUUACAAAAAAAAAAUGUUUUAUAAAAAAUAAUUAAGUAUAAAAUAAAUAUUCAACUUGAAAAAAUAAUUUAAAAAAUUGAUAAAAGUACACCACAUGGUGAAGGUCCUUUUUUCCUACAUAUUUACAAAAGUAAAUUUUCAAUAUCAAGUAUGACCAAGUAGAAAAUUAUGCAAUUGUGAAGGUUAUUGUUAUUAUGCAAAUGAAAAAGUGUAGGUACGUAUAGGUAUGGCAAAUAUGGUUUAAUUUUUUAUUCUAGGUAUUGAUAUAAUAUAUUAUUUACCUAAUGUAUGUGAUACCAUAUCCAAGGAAUUACUUACCUACUACAAUAUGUAAUGUUGUACUAUUAUUGAAAAUAAAAACUUUGAAGGAAAA